AUGACGUUGAGUCCAGAUAAAUUCAUAGGAAGUCAGUUAAAGAUUCAGCUCAAAGAUAAAAGAGAUUUGUAUGGUGUGUUAACAGUCAUUGAUCCUUUUGGUAAUCUUUUGGUUUCAAAUGUUAAAGAAUCAAGAGAUGAGGAUGUAAGAGAGAUCGGUUUGGUUAGUGUUCCCAAAGAUGCUAUUGAUAAGAUUUUUAUUGAUUCCAGAUAUUAUAAUUCACUUAAAUGA